CGGUGGUCGGGGACUCACCCCAACUGCUGAGAGUCGCCGCAGGAGAGGGGCUCAGCGCCCGGCGCCCGGCGGAGACUGCAGGCAAUGACUCAGGAUGCAGCCAGCAGCCACAACGUGCACAGAGGACCGCAUCCAGCACGCUCUGGAGAGAUGCUUGCAUGGACUGAGCCUCGGACGCCGUUCUGCUCCCUGGUCAGCCGGGCUGUGUCUGAACUGCUGGAGCCUACAGGAGCUGGUCAGCAGGGACCCGGGCCACUUCCUCAUCCUCCUGGAACAGAUCCUGCAGAAGACCCAAGAGGUCCAAGAGAAGGGCACCUAUGACCUCCUCGCCCCGCUGGCUCUGCUCUUCUAUUCCACUGUCCUCUGCACUCCACACUUCCCACCAGACUCAGACCUCCUGCUGAAGGCAGCCAGCACCUACCACUGCUUCCUGACCUGGCCGGCUCCCUACUGCAGCAUCUGCCGAGAGAUGCUCACCUUCAUCGAUGCUGAGCUCAAGGCCCCAGGAAUCUCCUACCAGCGGCUGGUGAGGGCUGAACAGGGCCUGCCCAUCAGGAGCCACCGAAGUUCCACUGUCACUGUGCUGUUGCUGAACCCGGUAGAGGUACAGGCUGAGUUCCUUGCUGUGGCAGACAAGCUGAGCGCACCGGGACAGUCACCCCAUGGCGCCUACACCACCCUGCUCCUGCAUGCCUUCCAGGCCACCUUUGGGACCCACUGUGACCUUCCUAAACUGCACCGCAAACUUCAGUCCAAGACGCUAGAAGAGCUCGAGGACAUCUUCACUGAGACUACAGAAGCCCAGGAGCUGGCAUCUGGCAUUGGGGAUGUAGCAGAGGCCCGUCAGUGGCUCCGGACCAAGCUGCAGGCAGUGGGAGAAAAAGCCGGCUUCCCCGGGAUCUUAGACACUGCAAGCCCUGGGAAACUCCACACAAUCCCCAUCCCUGUCGCCAGAUGCUACACCUACAGCUGGAACCAGGACAGCUUUGACAUCCUACAGGAAGUCCUUCUCAAGGAGCAGGAGUUGCUGCAGCCAGGGAUCCUGGGAGAUGAUGAAGAGGAGGAAGAGGAGGACUUGGAGAUUGACAGGCAUAUUGCCGAGAGGGACUCCCUGCUCUCCACAGGCUCUCUGGUGUCUCACGACUCCGAACUGUUGCUUACCUCCUCUCAGGCCUCAGGACCAGUGCUGUCCCGCCAGGUGCUGACCACCUUUGUCUCAGGCCUCUCAGAUGGCAUGGACAGUGGCUACGUGGAGGACAGUGAGGAAAGCUCCUCAGAGUGGCCCAAGAAGCCGGGUGGCCAGCAGCGCCAGGGUCACCGCAGGCCUAGGCAGAAGUUCAACAGGUUCUAUAAACUUUUAAAGAGCACCAGCCAGUUGGUCCUGCGGAGGGACUCUCGGAGUCUGGAAUGCAGCCCAGACCCAACCCUGCCUCUGCGGCGGGCAGGGAGCCUCAGCAGCCCCUUGGACUUUCCGACCCAGCUCCCUUGCAGGGCUCAGCGCUCACGGUCCCUACCCCAGCCCAAGCUCAGCACCCAACUACCCAGCUGGCUUCUGGCACCUCCCUCACACCACCAGCGCCGCCGGCCCUUCCUCAGCGGGGAUGAGGACCCCAAGGCUUCCACACUACGGGUUGUGGUCUUUGGCUCUGACCGGAUCUCAGGGAAGGUGGCCCGGGCCUAUAGCAAGCUCAGGCGGCUGGAGAGCAGUCACCCGAUCCUCACCCGGUUCUUCAAGCUUCAGUUCUUCUACGUGCCUGUGAAGAGAAGCCACGGAGCCAGCUCUAGUGCCUGCCCAUCCUCUCUGAACCAGGCAUCUCCACUCCUUCCAGACUCCUUGAAGCACCCCAGCCCUGCAGACCUUGGCAUGGCCCCAUGGGAGGACAGUACCAAUGACAUCUCUCACUACCUCGGUAUGCUUGACCCUUGGUAUGAACGCAAUGUGUUGGGCCUCAUGCAUCUGCCUCCUGAAGUCCUGUGUCAGCAGUCCCUCAAGGCAGAAUCUCGGCCCCUGGAGGGCUCGGCCACCCAGCUGCCCAUCCUGGCCGAUAUGUUACUCUACUACUGCCGCUUUGCGGCCCGCCCCGUGUUGCUGCAGGUUUAUCAGACAGAGCUGACCUUUGUCACCGGGGAGAAGACCACGGAAAUCUUUAUCCAGUCUCUGGAGCUGGGUCACUCUGCGACCACUCGUGCUAUCAAGGCUUCAGGUCCUGGAAGCAAAAGGCUGGGCAUUGGCGAUGACCGGGAGGCCGUCCCUCUAACACUACAGAUUAUUUACAGCAAGGGAGCCAUCAGUGGACGAAGCCGCUGGAGCAACCUGGAGAAGGUCUGCACCUCUGUUAACCUCAGCAAGGCCUGCCAGAAGCCGGAGGAACUAGAUUCCAGCAUGGAGGCACUGACGCUAACCCUGACAGAAGUGGUGAAGAGGCAGAACCCUAAAUCCAAAAAGGGCUUUAACCAGAUCAGUACAUCCUACAUCAAAGUGGACAAGGUGCAGAUCAUCAGCUCCAGCAGCUGCCCCUUUGCUGUGUGUCUAGACCAGGAUGAGAGGAAGAUCCUGCAGAGUGUGGUCAGGUGUGAAGUGUCACCCUGCUACAAGCCAGAGAAGAGCAGCCUGCCACCCGAGGGGUCCCUCAGCCAACCAGCAGAGGCUGGGUCUGACCUGUGCUCCCUUCUCUGUCUUCCCAUCAUGACUUUCAGUGGUGCUCUGCCCUAGUGCACCUAGGUACGAGGCUGGACAGCAAAGUGCCCAGCUUCUCCUGGACCACUCUUCAGGGCAGCUGCUCUCUAUGGAGAACCAAAUUGCCCCCGGGCUGCAUCAGGAUCUCUCUGCAGGCCCUGCUAUGGACCAGUCUGGUCAAUGAUAUUUGAGCCUCAGAGAGCUGAUGAGGAAACAGGCGUUGGAGAGAGAAGGGCCUGAGAUGUCCAGUCUUACAGAUGCCUCUGAGAAGAGGGAGAGGGAUGGGUGAGAGGUCCCAAAGGAAGGUGUGAGGCUUGUCUGUGGUUUAGGCCUCCUUUCCAAGCCCUGGACUGAGACCCAUCUUUGACUUGUCGCAGACUCAGGGUCCCUAACUAGAGGUCAGUUUCUCUAAGGCACAGGUAGGAGAAAGAUGAGUGAGAUUUCUUUCCUGGCCUCAAACAUCAUCUCUCUAUCCUACCACUACCAUCAUGAGCGUACAUGUACACACACAAAGAGACACACAGA